AUGGUAACAGGUUGCAGAAUCAGAGCGGAGCUGGAGGGGCCAGGGAUGAGCGGAGGGGUGGUAACGGAGGAAUCGGGCCUGGGUGGGAAGAGAGAGUUGCAGGGUCUUUGGGAGGAUCCGCCAAAACUCGCUCGGACCUCUAUAGCCUCCGCCAGCCCCAUCACCCCCCUUUCCGUCACUCCCCUUUCCGUCACUCCCCUUUCCGUCACCCCCCUUUCCGUCACCCCCCUUUCCGUCACUCCCCUUUCCGUCACCCCCCUUUCCGUCACCCCCCUUUCCGUCACUCCCCUUUCCGUCACCCCCCUUUCCGUCACUCCCCUUUCCGUCACCCCCCUUUCCGUCACUCCCCUUUCCGUCACCCCCCUUUCCGUCACUCCCCUUUCCGUCACCCCCCUUUCCGUCACUCCCCUUUCCGUCACCCCCCUUUCCGUCACUCCCCUUUCCGUCACCCCCCUUUCCGUCACUCCCCUUUCCGUCACCCCUUUCCGUCACCCCCUUUUCCGUCACUCCCCUUUCCGUCACCCCCUUUCCGUCACUCCCCUUUCCGUCACCCCCCUUUCCGUCACUCCCCUUUCCGUCACUCCCCUUUCCGUCACCCCCCUUUCCGUCACUCCCCUUUCCGUCACUCCCCUUUCCGUCACCCCCCUUUCCGUCACUCCCCUUUCCGUCACCCCCCUUUCCGUCACUCCCCUUUCCGUCACUCCCCUUUCCGUCACUCCCCUUUCCGUCACUCCCUCUCCGUCACUCCCUCUUCCUUUAUUCCCCCUUCCGUCACUCCCCCUUCCGUCACUCCCCCUCCGUCAUUCCCCCUUCCGUCACUCCCAUUCGUCACUCCCAUUUCCGUCACUCCCAUUUCCGUCACUCCCCCUCCCUUCAACCCCCUUCUUCCACCGCCCCUCAACCCUCCUCCACCAAUCCCGCAACCAUGAUAGCAGCAACGGCAACCGUUUUGGCGAUAAUAAACCAUCGGCCUCGUCCCACGUGGACGUCCGCGUCGCGGUCUCUCCCGAGGAGCCUCUCCGAUCGGUCUUCACCCGCCUGUUCCAGUUGCACCUGCCCGAUUGCUGCCUGCCGUGCGAUGCACGUCAGGCGCCGCCGCGGCUGCGAUUGGCGGAAACCAAGGACGAGUCUCUAUGCGAUGCACCCCAGGCACCGCCAGGAACCGAGGCGUCGCUGUGCGAGGCACGUCAUGCGCGGCAGGGAGGCGACGACGGCGUGGAAGCCGCUGAGGACACUGACUCGGUGCGUGGGACGCAGGCAGUCCGGUUCAUGGUUCUCGGUCAGGUGGUGUACCUCUCGCCUGACUGCACCGUGGAGCAAGCGAAGCUGAGACCAGUCGAUUACAGCAAGUGGGACCACAUCGGCUCCAGCAGCGACGAGGAGGAGGGCGAGGAGGAGGGCGAGGAGGAGGGCGAGGAGGAGGGCAAGGAGGAGGGCAAGGAGGAGGGCGAGGAGGAGGGCGAGGAGGAGGGCGAGGAGGAGGGCAAGGAGGAGGGCAAGGAGGAGGGCGAGGAGGAGGGCGAGGAGGAGGGCGAGGAGGAGGGCGAGGAGGAGGGCGAGGAGGAGGGCGAGGAGGAGGGCGAGGAGGAGGGCAAGGACACGAAGCCGAGCGGAGAUUUACCAGGGAGUGGCUCAUCCUGCGGUGGGGGUCUUUCGGAAUUCAAGGAGGAGAUUUGGCGUGGUCGGCAGGAGGUAUUGAGGCGGUGGAAUUCUCACAUGCAGGCGGUUACACAGAGCGCGGGGGGGAUAGGGGGAAUGGGAGCUCAGGAAGCACCGGGGAAGCCUCAAGUGCUGUGUCAGGCGGACAUGGUUCAUUACCUGGACGUGCAUGGCUGGUGGGACGCGGCUGAGUGCGAGUGCUGCUUCAACCAAGUGGUUAGUCUUGGGGCAGAGCGUGCUCUCACCAUGCAGAGCCUUGACCUCUUCCAAUCGCUCCUGCACGUGGAGCAGCCUCGCGCCACCCCCCUUGCACACCUGGACGUGGUCAACAGGGGCGUGCUGGAGUAUUCCUUUGAAGUCCCAGCGUUUGGGAAGCAAGAGGAGGAGGAGGAGCCUCUUGCGCAGUUCAUGUGCAAGUGCACUCUUGCCCCGUUCGUCUGUGCGGAAGUGAUGGUGCUCGAGUGGAUGGCUGAGCCUCGUGUGGGCGUGCUCAUGGACCUGGGGAGGAUCAGAUCCCGCCUGCCUGCAGCCUUGGUGGCCCAGCUGGGGGCGGGCAGGCAGGAGGAGCAGGACCAUGCUGCGUCCAUGCUGGUGCAGGUGGUGGGGGUGAAGGAGAGUGCUGAUCUGCAGGAAGGGUUUGGGUUCUUCGUGCAGCAUGUGCUGUCAAUCAAGCUGCCUGGGAAAGGAGCACGCGGAGGGGAGGGGGGUAGGCGGGGGAAAGACCGGCCGGAGCACCGCAAGCUGGGAGCCAUGUUCUUCGCAGGGUCCAAUAGCACCAGCAGCAGCAGCAUGGUGGAAGAUGCUGCCAUCACGGAGGCCAGGGGGAGGCUCACACAGCAGGGGCUGGCAACAGGGAUGAAAGGGGGAGGGGCAAGAGGAGGAGGACUCAGGACAGCAGCAGCAGCGGCACCAACGAAAGGGCGUCCAGCUUCAAAGGCGGCUGCUGCCUCAGCCCGAGGCAGACCAACCCUCAGUAGUAGCAGUGGAUCAACCGGCAGCGGUGGCACGUUCAAUUCUUGUACCAAAGGAUCCCGUGAGUCUUGCCUCGUGCCUGUCAACACAGACCCUACUCUUGGGCUGCUCACAUAUCGGGUUGCCUGCAUCUUGCAGUGGCUUCGGAUCUAUGGCUCAGAUUUCAUCUCCUCCAAGAGCUGCUUCAAGGACCGCCCGCAGGGCAAGGUCCUGCUCAUGCACCACCCGCUUCGUGAUCUUCCGAGCCUGCUGGUCAGGUUCGGUGUUGUUCUCCCACCUCUAGAUGGAAGCAACCGCUUUCCGGAGUGGGAGGAGUGGCCCGAGGGAGAUGAAGCUGCUAUGAAAUUCCCUGACGACUCAAGUGCCAGAUGUUUUGGCCUGGGCAGGGCGGAUGGCAGGGCAGACGUGGACUUGAUCCUGGAGUUCGCCAGUGUGCUCUUCGUGCGACCGGCAUGUGCCGACUGCAGCCGCUGCAUCACCAUCUUCACCUCCCACGUCACUGUCGUCGCUUUCAUCGCCACCUACGCCUUCCGCCCCGCUGCCGCCCUCGUCCACCGCUUCGUCUCUGUUUUCCCGCCGCACACGGAUGAGUAUCGCAACAUUUUCACCAGCCUGCGGCUGCAUGCUCCGUAUGGCUGCGUGCGCGCGCUGCAGGAAGGGGUGGAGGAGGUACCCAUCCUCUUCCUGCUCACCCUUGCCCUUCACCACUCCACGGCUCUCCUCCCGCAAAGUGGGGCUGAAGGGGAGCGGGAUUCCAAGGCUGGUGGGGGCAGCAAUGGGGCGAAAGACAAGGCGGGCAGGAGGAGUGCGAGGAAUGGGGACAGUGGAGAGGGAGGGGAGGGUGGAGAGAGUGGGAGGGGUGAGGGUCACUCAGGGGGGAGGGGAGGGGAAGAGGGGGGUGAGGGUGAUCGUGGGGAUGUGUGGGAGGAGGUGCAGUCGUGGUUCGAGGUGGCAAUGCUUCCUGCUGCAAGUACAGGGGCUGACAGGCCUGCAUGCAGCGGCAGCCAGUCAAGGGAGUAUGGUACUCCCGAGCACGCGGAGAGGGUGAUGCAGGUGUCUCAGUGGUCUGCCGUGCCCAGAUUCCGUGAAGACAUGAAGCACCAGGAUGGCCCUGCCAUUGCCCUUGCUAGUAUCUGCAGCAAGCGGAAGGGCAAGAAGGGGGAGGAGGUGGCUUAUUUGAAGGCAUGGCCAGGGGGAGUCAAUCUGGUGGCAUGUCUGGGAGAGAUGCUGCUGAGGGAGCCGGCGGAGGGUGACGGAGUGAAGCUGAGGAGGUGCAGUGGGUGCGGCAAGGUGGCGUAUUGCAGCAGAGAGUGCCAAAAGGCGCACUGGCCCUCCCACAAGCUCACAUGCCCUGGAAGGACCAACACGAAGAAGCGUGGGACGAGGAGUAAGGUGACGGGUAAAGUGAGUGGUAAGGUGAGUGGUAAGAUGAGUGGUAAGGUGAGUGGUAAGGUGAGUGGUAAGGUGAGUGGUAAGGUGAGGAGGGGUAAGGUGAGGGGUAAUGUGAGGGGUAAGGUGGGUGGUAAGGUGAGUGGUAAGGUGAGUGGUAAGGUGAGUGGUAAGGUGGGUGGUAAGGUGAGUGGAAAGGUGAGUGGUAAGGUGAGUGGAAAGGUGAGUGGUAAGGUGAGUGGAAAGGUGAGUGGUAAGGUGAGUGGUAAGGUGAGUGGAAAGGUGGGUGGUAAGGUGAAUAGUAAGGUGGGUGGUAAGGUGGGUGGUAAGGUGAGUGGUAAGGAGAGUGGUAAGGUGGGUGGUAAGGUGGGUGGUAAGGUGGGUGGUAAGGUGAGUGGUAAGGUGAGUGGUAAGGUGAGUGGUAAGGUGAGUGGUAAGGUGAGUGGUAAGGUGAGUGAUAAGGUGAGUGAUAAGGUGAGUGGUAAGGUGGAUGGUAAGGUGAGUGGUAAGGUGGGUGGUAAGGUGAGUGGUAAGGUGAGUGGUAAGGUGGGUGGUAAGGUGAGUGGAAAGGUGAGUGGUAAGGUGAGUGGAAAGGUGAGUGGUAAGGUGAGUGGAAAGGUGAGUGGAAAGGUGAGUGGUAAGGUGAGUGGUAAGGUGAGUGGAAAGGUGGGUGGUAAGGUGAAUGGUAAGGUAAGUAACAAGGUGAUGGGUAAGGUGAGUGGUAAGGUGGGUGGUAAGGUGGGUGGUAAGGUGGGUGGUAAGGUGGGUGGUAAGGUGAGUGGUAAGGAGAGUGGUAAGGUGGGUGGUAAGGUGGGUGGUAAGGUGAGUGGUAAGGUGGGUGGUAAGGUGGGUGGUAAGGUGGGUGGUAAGGUGAGUGGUAAGGAGAGUGGUAAGGUGGGUGGUAAGGUGAGUGGUAAGGUGGGUGGUAAGGUGAGUGGUAAGGUGAGUGGUAAGGUGAGUGGUAAGGUGAGUGGUAAGGUGAGUGGUAAGGUGAGUGGUAAGGUGAGUGGUAAGGUGAGUGGUAAGGUGAGUGGUAAGGUGAGUGGUAAGGUGAGUGGUAAGGUGAGUGGUAAGGUGAGUGGUAAGGUGAGUGGUAAGGUGAGUGGUAAGGUGAGUGGUAAGGUGGGUGGUAAGGUGAGUGGUAAGGUGGGUGGUAAGGUGAGUGGUAAGGUGAGUGGUAAGGUGAGUGGAAAGGUGAGUGGUAAGGUGGAUGGUAAGGUGAGUGGUAAGGUGAGUGGUAAGGUGGGUGGUAAGGUGAGUGGUAAGGUGGGUGGUAAGGUGAGUGGUAAGGUGAGUGGUAAGGUGAGUGGAAAGGUGAGUGGUAAGGUGGAUGGUAAGGUGAGUGGUAAGGUGGGUGGUAAGGUGAGUGGUAAGGUGAGUGGUAAGGUGGGUGGUAAGGUGAGUGGAAAGGUGAGUGGUAAGGUGAGUGGAAAGGUGAGUGGUAAGGUGAGUGGAAAGGUGAGUGGUAAGGUGAGAGGUAAGGUAAGUAACAAGGUGAUGGGUAAGGUGAGUGGUAAGGUGGGUGGUAAGGUGGGUGGUAAGGUGAGUGGUAAGGAGAAUGGAAAGGUGAGUGGUAAGGUGAGUGGUAAGGUGAGUGGUAAGGUGAGUGGUAAGGUGAGUGGUAAGGUGGGUGGUAAGGUGAGUGGUAAGGUGGGUGGUAAGGUGAGUGGUAAGGUGGGUGGUAAGGUGAGUGGUAAGGUGGGUGGUAAGGUGAGUGGUAAGGUGGGUGGUAAGGUGAGUGGUAAGGUGGGUGGUAAGGUGAGUGGUAAGGUGAGUGGUAAGGUGAGUGGUAAGGUGGGUGGUAAGGUGAGUGGUAAGGUGGGUGGUAAGGUGAGUGGUAAGGUGAGUGGUAAGGUGAGUGGUAAGGUGAGUGGUAAGGUGAGUGGUAAGGUGAGUGGUAAGGUGGGUGGUAAGGUGAGUGGUAAGGUGAGUGGUAAGGUGAGUGGUAAGGUGAGUGGUAAGGUGAGUGGUAAGGUGAGUGGUAAGGUGAGUGGUAAGGUGAGUGGUAAGGUGAGUGGUAAGGUGAGUGGUAAGGUGAGUGGUAAGAUGAGUGGUAAGGUGAGUGGUAAGGUGAGUGGUAAGGUGAGUGGUAAGGUGAGUGGUAAGGUGAGUGGUAAGGUGAGUGGUAAGGUGAGUGGUAAGGUGAGUUGUAAGGUGAGUGGUAAGGUGAGUGGUAAGGUGAGUGGUAAGGUGAGUGGUAAGGUGAGUGGUAAGGUGAGUGGUAAGGUGAGUGGUAAGGUGAGUGGUAAGGUGAGUGGUAAGGUGAGUGGUAAGGUGAGUGGAAAGGUGGGUGGUAAGGUGAGUGGUAAGGUGAGUGGUAAGGUGAGUGGUAAGGUGAGUGGUAAGGUGCGUGGUAAGGUGAGUGGUAAGGUGAGUGGUAAGGUGAGUGGUAAGGUGAGUGGUAAGGUGAGUGGUAAGGUGAGUGGUAAGGUGGGUGGUAAGGUGGGUGGUAAGGUGAGUGGUAAGGUGAGUGGUAAGGUGAGUGGUAAGGUGAGUGAUAAGGUGAGUGGUAAGGUGAGUGGUAAGGUGAGUGGUAAGGUGAGUGGUAAGGUGAGUGGUAAGGUGAGUGGUAAGGUGAGUGGUAAGGUGAGUGGUAAGGUGGGUGGUAAGGUGAGUGGUAAGGUGGGUGGUAAGGUGAGUGGUAAGGUGAGUGGUAAGGUGAGUGGAAAGGUGAGUGGUAAGGUGGAUGGUAAGGUGAGUGGUAAGGUGGGUGGUAAGGUGGGUGGUAAGGUGAGUGGAAAGGUGGGAGGUAAGGUGAGUGGAAAGGUGAGUGGUAAGGUGAGUGGAAAGGUGAGUGGUAAGGUGAGUGGAAAGGUAAGUAACAAGGUGAUGGGUAAGGUGAGUGGUAAGGUGGGUGGUAAGGUGGGUGGUAAGGUGGGUGGUAAGGUGGGUGGUAAGGUGAGUGGUAAGGAGAGUGGUAAGGUGGGUGGUAAGGUGGGUGGUAAGGUGGGUGGUAAGGUGAGUGGUAAGGUGAGUGGUAAGGUGAGUGGUAAGGUGAGUAGUAAGGUGAGUGGUAAGGUGAGUGAUAAGGUGAGAGAUAAGGUGGGUGGUAAGGUGAGUGGUAAGGUGGGUGGUAAGGUGAGUGGUAAGGUGAGUGGUAAGGUGAGUGGUAAGGUGGGUGGUAAGGUGAGUGGUAAGGUGGGUGGUAAGGUGAGUGGUAAGGUGAGUGGUAAGGUGAGUGGUAAGGUGAGUGGUAAGGUGAGUGGUAAGGUGAGUGGUAAGGUGAGUGGUAAGGUGAGUGGUAAGGUGAGUGGUAAGGUGAGUGGUAAGGUGAGUGGUAAGGUGAGUGGUAAGGUGAGUGGUAAGGUGAGUGGUAAGGUGAGUGGUAAGGUGGGUGGUAAGGUGAGUGGUAAGGUGGGUGGUAAGGUGAGUGGUAAGGUGAGUGGUAAGGUGAGUGGAAAGGUGAGUGGUAAGGUGGAUGGUAAGGUGAGUGGUAAGGUGGGUGGUAAGGUGGGUGGUAAGGUGAGUGGAAAGGUGGGAGGUAAGGUGAGUGGAAAGGUGAGUGGUAAGGUGAGUGGAAAGGUGAGUGGUAAGGUGAGUGGAAAGGUAAGUAACAAGGUGAUGGGUAAGGUGAGUGGUAAGGUGGGUGGUAAGGUGGGUGGUAAGGUGGGUGGUAAGGUGGGUGGUAAGGUGAGUGGUAAGGAGAGUGGUAAGGUGGGUGGUAAGGUGGGUGGUAAGGUGGGUGGUAAGGUGAGUGGUAAGGUGAGUGGUAAGGUGAGUGGUAAGGUGAGUAGUAAGGUGAGUGGUAAGGUGAGUGAUAAGGUGAGAGAUAAGGUGGGUGGUAAGGUGAGUGGUAAGGUGGGUGGUAAGGUGAGUGGUAAGGUGAGUGGUAAGGUGAGUGGUAAGGUGGGUGGUAAGGUGAGUGGUAAGGUGGGUGGUAAGGUGAGUGGUAAGGUGAGUGGUAAGGUGAGUGGUAAGGUGAGUGGUAAGGUGAGUGGUAAGGUGAGUGGUAAGGUGAGUGGUAAGGUGAGUGGUAAGGUGAGUGGUAAGGUGAGUGGUAAGGUGAGUGGUAAGGUGAGUGGUAAGGUGAGUGGUAAGGUGAGUGGUAAGGUGAGUGGUAAGGUGAGUGGUAAGGUGAGUGGUAAGGUGAGUGGUAAGGUGAGUGGUAAGGUGAGUGGUAAGGUGAGUGGUAAGGUGAGUGGUAAGGUGAGUGGUAAGGUGAGUGGUAAGGUGAGUGGUAAGGUGAGUGGUAAGGUGAGUGGUAAGGUCAGUGGUAAGGUCAGUGGUAAGGUCAGUGGUAAGGUCAGUGGUAAGGUCAGUGGUAAGGUCAGUGGUAAGGUCAGUGGUAAGGUCAGUGGUAAGGUGAGUGGUAAGGUGAGUGGUAAGGUGAGUGGUAAGGUGGGUGGUAAGGUGGGUGGUAAGGUGAGUGGUAAGGUGAGUGGUAAGGUGAGUGGUAAGGUGAGUAGUAAGGUACGUGGUAAGGUGAGUGAUAAGGUGAGAGAUAAGGUGGGUGGUAAGGUGGGUGGUAAGGUGAGUGGUAAGGUGGGUGGUAAGGUGAGUGGUAAGGUGGGUGGUAAGGUGAGUGGUAAGGAGAGUGGUAAGGUGGGUGGUAAGGUGGGUGGUAAGGUGGGUGGUAAGGUGAGUGGUAAGGUGAGUGGUAAGGUGAGUGGUAAGGUGAGUAGUAAGGUACGUGGUAAGGUGAGUGAUAAGGUGAGAGAUAAGGUGGGUGGUAAGGUGAGUGGUAAGGUGGGUGGUAAGGUGAGUGGUAAGGUGAGUGGUAAGGUGAGUGGUAAGGUGGGUGGUAAGGUGAGUGGUAAGGUGGGUGGUAAGGUGAGUGGUAAGGUGAGUGGUAAGGUGAGUGGUAAGGUGAGUGGUAAGGUGAGUGGUAAGGUGAGUGGUAAGGUGAGUGGUAAGGUGAGUGGUAAGGUGAGUGGUAAGGUGAGUGGUAAGGUGAGUGGUAAGGUGAGUGGUAAGGUGAGUGGUAAGGUGAGUGGUAAGGUGAGUGGUAAGGUGAGUGGUAAGGUGAGUGGUAAGGUGAGUGGUAAGGUGAGUGGUAAGGUGAGUGGUAAGGUGAGUGGUAAGGUGAGUGGUAAGGUGAGUGGUAAGGUGAGUGGUAAGGUGAGUGGUAAGGUGAGUGGUAAGGUGAGUGGUAAGGUGAGUGGUAAGGUGAGUGGUAAGGUGAGUGGUAAGGUGAGUGGUAAGGUGAGUGGUAAGGUGAGUGGUAAGGUCAGUGGUAAGGUCAGUGGUAAGGUCAGUGGUAAGGUCAGUGGUAAGGUCAGUGGUAAGUCGCAUGCUGCACGCAUUUGCCUUAUCCGUUGCUGCACUCUCACCCACUGCCGACCCUCUGCUGGCUUACUCCCACACACCUGCCAUGGCACUCACUUCCUGCUCUAUGCUCACUUCCUGCUCUAUGCUCACUUCCUGCUCUAUGCUCACUUCCUGCUCUAUGCUCACUUCCUGCUCAAUGCUCACUUCCUGCUCUAUGCUCACUUCCUGCUGUAUGCUCACUUCCUGCUCUAUGCUCACUUCCUGCUCUAUGCUCACUUCCUGCUCUAUGCUCACUUCCUGCUCUAUGCUCACUUCCUGCUCUAUGCUCACUUCCUGCUCUAUGCUCACUUCCUGCUCUAUGCUCACUUCCUGCUCUAUGCUCACUUCCUGCUCUAUGCUCACUUCCUGCUCUAUGCUCACUUCCUGCUCUAUGCUCACUUCCUGCUCUAUGCUCACUUCCUGCUCUAUGCUCACUUCCUGCUCUAUGCUCACUUCCUGCUCUGCGCUCACUCACGCGGUUGA